CUCGUCUUAAAUACCUCCUCCACCACCUUUUCGCCCUCGCCCGCUACUACACACCCGCACCACGCAACUUUCUUUUCCACCCUUGGCCUCCAUCUUGGGCCUCUUGAUUCUUCACUCGACCCGGCCUUGUUUCGAGACCAGCUACACCAUUUCGAAAAAGCUCUGUUCCCGUGUGUAAGUGUGGAAGCGAGGCACGCCAUUCUGGUGCGAGGGGAGGACCACAAUCGACACUUUACGCGUGCUUCUCAUCACCGCCUCGACACGCGACCAAGAGGACAUUUCUCGUCUCCACUGGCAACUGUCCACCGACAACUCCACUGGAAACUGUCCGACUCUCACAACCACCACACCACAACCACAACCACCAUGGACUCGAUAUCGCCAUCACCACGCCUCGGCAAGCAGGCCUCGGCCGAGCCCACGCUCCCCGCAAUUCGGCAAUCCCUCGCCGGAUCCAAACGACCAGCUCCGACUCUGCUGCCGCCCUUUGAGCCGCUCUCGUCGUCUCCUGGACUCCCUCGACCGGUCAAACGCCAAAACACCAACGCUUGCUCCGGACGCGCCCAUCUCAAGUAUCCCACGCCCGUGCCGACGUCCAGCACCGGCAUCCUCUCUAGCUCGCCGCCUCGGGCCUCCGCUCCGGAACGCGCUCCCCUCUCGGCCGUGCCCGGCGUCGAGCUCUCGGAAAAUGGCGAGACGCUCAUCAUGGGCCGCUCGUCCAACUCGUCUCACUACCAGCUCUCGGCCAACCGCCUCGUGUCCCGCGUCCACGUCAAGGCCCGCUUCAUUGCCGCCGCGAACCCCUUGGAGCCCAGCAAGAUGGAGAUUGUCUGCAACGGCUGGAACGGCAUGAAGCUGCACUGCCAGGGCCGCACUUGGGAACUGUUCAAGGGUGAUAGCUUCACCAGUGAGACGGAGGGCUCCGAGAUCAUGGUCGACGUGCAAGACGCCCGCGUGCUCCUGCAAUGGCCCAAGCGAGGAGCCGACUUGUCCGACUCCAGCUGGGACUCGCCCAAGUCCCCGACGCGCGGAAACGUGCUGCUCCAGUCUCCUCUCCGCCGUGCCGCUCGCAUCGCGUCACCCGAGAGCCCUACGCCCGUCAACUCCAGCUCCCGUCGCCUGCAGGCCCUUCUCCCCGGCCACCGAGACGGGAUCGACAUCUACGAGGACGAGCCCGAACUCCCAGCUCCCAAGCGCGAGAUUGUCGACGUCAACAUCAGCAUGCGGACCGAGGCCACGGCCAGCUUCACGAGCGAGCCCGACGUGGAAGAACACGACCCCGACGAGGAAAACGACCCCAUUGUGCACUCCUUUGGCCCUUUUGGCGCCGACAUCUCGUGCCGGCUGGCUUCGAUAACAACAAAGUCUCCCAAGGUGUUCAAGGGCCUCAAGCGACCCAACCCGCUCGUCAGCGCCCUGGCUUCGGACCUGUUUGCUCCUCGCUACAUUCCCUCAAAUCCUUGCUCUCCCAAGAAGCAAUCCUUUGAGUGUCCUGCAUCUCCCAGGAAAGAGCCCGUCGAGUUGGAUUCUCCCCUCUCCUCACCGCCCAGACUGCGAACACCCACCCCCGAGCUUCUUGCCGAGCCCAUCGAAAUCAACCCUGCUGUUGUAAACCAUGUCGUCAACCAGCUUGCCUUUUCACGGCUUUCCUCCACACCUUUAUCCACCAUUAUGCAGAACCUGCCCGCCGAGGAGAAAAAGGGCCUGACCAAGACGAUCCUCCGGGACUCUAUCGAGGCCACAUCGUGCAUUGGCGUCAUCGAACGUCAGGGCAAGGACGCUGCUGGCAAGCUCCUCGAGAGCGAAUACUACUACGUGCCAGAGCGUGACGAUGACCAAGAACGACGUGCAGCCGUCGACGGCCUUCGAAAGCCGAGUCUACGAGCAUGCAGAAAGCAACACAAGCAAUAUUACUGGAAGCGCCCCAAGGCUCUCUAAUCACCCAACGUACAUAUGACUCGGGCGCGUCGCGGAUGGAUGGUGGACUUUUGUUAUACCCAGGUUUCUUUUAUUGUUACAUACUACGACCAAUCCACCUCCCACGAGAUUUGCGGUUGCCUGCAUAGCUGAGGCGUCUUUGUUUUCACUUUCUGGAGGAGUUGGAGGGCAUUUUCUCAAGGGACGGAGAUCAAUUAGAUCUAGGGAUGUUUUCCUGGACGGGGCAUUUCAUGGCGAUGAGGGUCGGGACUUGUAGGAAGGCGGAUGUCAGGCAUGAUGAGGAGUAGAGGAGCAAUGAAUCUGUUACCAAUCAGACAUGGAGA